UUAUGUCCAUCGCCCUGCUCGGUAACUUUGUGGUAGGUGUCCCAGCAAACAUGUGGAUGUUUUGGCUGAUUUGUCAUGGAACCAAAGAGCUGCUGGCUUCAGACACCUACCUCCUAAGCCUGGCCUUCUGUGAGAUUCUCUACUGCCUGGGACUGCCAGCCCAGCUGUAUUGUAUGUACGGAUUUGAACGUGCCGUAGAUGGUCUUCCAUUCCUGUUGAUCGUGCAGAUGUAUCUGGUGUGGACCGGCCGGCCUGUUUUCCAGAGCUGCAUCUGUGUGGAGCGUUACAUUGCAGUGGUCCACCCAUUGACCUUCAUCAGGCUAAAGCCCCUGAAGUACGCAGUGACACAGUGUGCCCUUGCCUGGUGUGUUGUCUUCUUGGUGUUUUUCCUUAUGUUACAAAGAGCAUCAGUGAUUGGAUUGUUGUGGUUUGUCCCCACAUUCUGCAUCUUUCUUUACUGCUACUUCGCAGUAUUGUUUUCUCUGAGGCGGCCCGGUCCAGGAGAGAGGCAGGCGGAGGAGAGGGGAAGAGGAGACAAGAUGAAAAGAAAAGCCAUCACCAUCAUUUUCGUUAACAUGUUGUGUUUUGUGGUCAAUUAUCUACCACCACUGACGAUUUACUAUGUGAUGAUGCUAGUUACUGUUCCAACUAUAGUUUAUGAUGUGGCUACAAGUCUGGGCAUAGUCUGUGGGCUCGUCCAACCCUUCCUCUACCUGCACAGGGUUGGAAAGCUACCGUGUCUCGAGAGAGAGCACUGACCUGAAAGUUACAAAUUAAAGCAUGUUUGUAGGUCUUGAGUUCUGCUACACAUGUAAAAAAAAAAACUAAUAUAAAGCCUUUUGUGGCUCCAGAAGAAGCUACAUGUGACCUGAUAAUUCUCCUCCAGUGAUGCCAUGUGAGGUUGAAUCGCAAUGCAGGUAAUGUAGGUAAUGUAGCUUUUAAAAAGGUAUUCAGCUGGUCUAGCAUUGUACUUCUCUGGACACUUGGACACUGUUAGACUCGUUAUGGACAGGUUAAAAACUGAUGGUCAAACCUGAUGAAAACAGAACCAGAAAUAUCGCUUUAAUUCUAUUGAUUAUCCUUCCUGUUCAAAAACUGGUGCCUACAUUACCCACAAUUAACUUACCCACUAUCUGAGAUCACUGGAAGCAAUUUAUCAGACUACACGCAGCUUCUUCUGGAGCUAUGAAGACUUUAUACACAGACUUUAUAACUCUGUCUCUCAGAGAAACACACUUAAAUAUGAAAAAUUGCUUUCUCGUUUAAAUGUGCAUAAAUUACUUUUAACUUGUGGUCUAUGUACAGUGUAACCAUAAUUCCUCUAACUGCAAACUACUACUACAAAAAAACUACUGUUAGACUUAAACCCUGACAUGUAUAACCCUGUAUUUGUUGAUGGGCUUGAUGAUUGAUAAUGAGCCGUGCGGUGUGCGGUACACACAGAGGCAAGUGAGGAAAAUACAACCACCAACACAGGUGUCCCUGGGGAUAAUUUACCUUUGUAAUGGGUAGUAAAAUGAUUUCCAUCUGUCACUGUAUGGUCAUAGAAUGCCGAUUGGGAAAACCUGUGUUUUGUAAUAUGUGUGUGUAACAGAAUAUUAAUUUGAAGUAGUUUAUUCAAAGCAGAAUAAUUUCUUAGCCUUGAUUUCAUGCUAUAGUUUGAUGUUUUGAGACAAUGCGUUUUUACAAAUUUAAUUUUAUCCAUAUACUAUCCAGACAAUGAUAUGAUGAUAUCCUGUCCUUAGUUGCCAAUUAUGAUACCCUCCCCCUGGGCCGUGUCAGAGCUG